GUGGUUCAUUGCCAGAAGAAGAAUCUUGGCUUAUUGUAAAUAAAGGAGAGGGAUUAAGACUGAAGUGCGAUGAGGAGGGACCCGUGAUUUGGAAUUUCCAGAACUCGGACCCACUGGCAAAAGCAAGGAGUUCCAGCGAGAAAGAGUGGUACACCAAAAACGCAACAACCAGAGACAUAGGCAGAUACAUAUGCAAAAGCGAAGGGAGGAUUGUCAAAUCUUUUUAUGUUUUUGUUAAAGAUCCAGAUGUGCUCUUCCUUGUUGAUUCUCUGAUAUACGGAAAAGAAGACAGUGACAUCCUGCUGGUGUGCCCAUUGACAGACCCAGAUGUGGCAAAUUUCACCUUGAGAAGAUGUGAUGGCAAACCUCUCCCCAAGGACAUGAUGUUCAUUCCCAACCCCCAGGAAGGCAUCAUCAUAAAGAACGUGCAGAGGUCAUUCAAGGGGUGCUAUCAGUGCUUGGCAAAGCAAAACGGAGUGCAGAAGAUUUCAGAACAUAUAUUCCUGAAUGUGAGGCCAGUUCACAAAACUCUUCCAGUCAUUACCUUAUCCAAAACCUACGAGCUUCUCAAGGAAGGGGAAGAAUUUGAAGUUACAUGCUUAAUCACGGAUGUGGACAGCAGUGUACUAGCAAGUUGGAUUUCUCACAAAAGCGGGAUUGUUACAAGCAAAAGCAGGAAUUUGGGUGAUUAUGGAUACAAAAGGAAAUUAACAUUGAACAUCCGUUCAGUGGGAGUUAAUGAUUCUGGAGAAUUCACAUGCCAAGCAGAAAACCCUUUCGGAAAAACCAAUGCCACAGUAACCUUGAAAGCACUAGCUAAAGGAUUUGUCCGUUUGCUUUCACCAAUGAAUACCACAGUAGAUAUAAAUGCAGGACAAAGUGGAAAUUUAACAGUUGAAUAUGAGGCGUAUCCAAAACCGAAGGAAGAAGUGUGGAUGUACAUGAAUAAAACACUGCAGAAUUCUUCGGAUCAUUGUGUCAGAUUCAAGACUGUGGGCAAUAACAGCUACACAAGUGAACUUCAGCUUACCCGACUAAAGGGAGCAGAAGGAGGCAUUUACACGUUCUUUGUGUCCAAUUCUGAUGCCAGCUCCUCUCUAACGUUCAAUGUCUACGUGAAAACAAAACCAGAGAUUCUCACUUUCGAUAUACUUAGCAAUGAUAUUCUCCAGUGCGUAGCAGCUGGCUUCCCAGCACCUGACAUAUAUUGGUAUUUUUCCCCAGGGACUGAACAGAGGUGUUUUGAUUCACCAACAGUAUCCCCCUUGGAUGUGAGAAUCAAUUACACAAAUUCCUCGGCGCUGUCCUUCGAAAGGAUCCUGGUUGAGAGCACCAUCAACGUGAGCAUGUUCAGGAGCACCGGCACCGUGUGCUGCGAGGCCUCCAGCAACGGGCACAAGAGUUCUGCUUUUUUCUACUUUGCUAUUAAAGAGCAAAUCCGUACCCAUACCCUUUUCACACCUUUGCUAAUAGCAUUUGGAGUAGCUGCAGGACUGAUGUGCAUCAUAGUCAUGAUUCUGGUGUACAUAUAUUUGCAGAAACCCAAAUAUGAAGUUCAGUGGAGAGUUGUUGAAGAAAUAAAUGGAAACAACUAUAUUUAUGUAGACCCAACACAACUUCCUUAUGAUCACAAAUGGGAAUUUCCUAGAAACCGACUGAGUUUAGGUAAAACUCUUGGUGCUGGAGCUUUUGGAAAGGUUGUUGAAGCCACUGCUUAUGGUCUGUUUAAAUCUGAUGCUGCUAUGACAGUAGCAGUAAAAAUGUUGAAGCCAAGUGCCCAUUUAACAGAAAGAGAAGCUUUGAUGUCAGAGCUUAAAGUCCUGAGUUACCUCGGUAACCAUAUUAAUAUUGUGAAUCUUCUUGGAGCUUGCACUAUUGGAGGUCCCACUCUGGUGAUUACAGAAUAUUGCUGCUAUGGUGAUCUUUUGAAUUUUCUGAGGCGGAAAAGACAUUCAUUUAUUUGUCCAAAACGUGAAGAUCGCACAAAAACAGCAGGUUAUGAGAACCUGUUGCCUCAGACAGAGCCUGCAGUUGAUGUUGUCAAUGAGUACAUGGACAUGAAACCAGGAUUGUCGUAUUCAGUCCCCCCAGAAGCUGAUAAAAAAAGACCAGUGAAAUCUGGAUCCUACUCUGAUCAGGAUGCUACCCUUUCUAUGUUGGGAGACGAUGGGCUUGCUCUAGAUGUUGAAGAUCUGCUAAGCUUUUCCUACCAGGUGGCAAGGGGCAUGAGCUUCCUUGCCUCUAAAAAUUGCAUUCAUAGGGAUCUGGCAGCAAGAAAUAUUCUCCUCACUCAUGGCCGAAUAACAAAAAUCUGUGACUUUGGCUUGGCAAGAGAUAUAAGGAACGAUUCAAAUUAUGUGAUCAAAGGAAAUGCUCGACUCCCUGUGAAGUGGAUGGCGCCUGAAAGCAUUUUCAAUUGUGUUUACACCUUUGAAAGCGAUGUCUGGUCUUACGGGAUAUUCCUGUGGGAGCUCUUCUCUUUAGGAAGCAGCCCGUAUCCAGGGAUGCCUGUGGACUCCAAGUUCUACAGAAUGAUCAGGGAGGGAUACAGGAUGUUCAGCCCCGAGUGUGCACCGCCUGAAAUGUAUGGCAUAAUGAAGAGUUGCUGGGAUGCUGAUCCUCUACAGAGACCCACAUUUAAACAAAUCGUCCAGCUGAUCGAGCAGCAGCUUUCAGAUAAUGCUCCCCGGGUUUAUGAAAACUUUGCAACUCCACCUUCUGGUCAAGGGAACGCUACAGAUCACUCUGUGCGGAUUAACUCGGUGGACAGCAGCACUUCAGCGACUCAGCCCCUCCUGGUACGCGAAGAUGUUUGAGAGAGGGGCUGGCGUCUGGAAGAGGAGGAGCCCACGUGGAUUCACCAUUUGAAUUUUGCAGGGAG